CACUGUAAAUUCGAGCUGUGACUUCUGAGCUUAAAACAAAUCAGUUCAGACGCCCCUCCGUCUCCGACUCCGUCUCUGUCUCUCUCUCUCUCUAAGAUGUGGGCCAGCGCAGAAGGAGGGCCUCCGGAGGUCACGCUCGAGACGUCAAUGGGUCCUUUCACCGUUGAGCUAUACUACAAGCACGCACCGAGAACUUGCAGGAACUUCCUUGAACUUUCUCGCAGAAACUACUACGACAACGUUAAAUUCCACAGAAUCAUCAAGGAUUUUAUGGUGCAAGGUGGGGAUCCUACAGGGACCGGAAGGGGUGGAGAAUCCAUAUACGGCCCAAAAUUCGAUGAUGAGAUUAAACCAGAGUUGAAGCAUACUGGGGCUGGGAUUUUGUCCAUGGCAAAUGCUGGUCCAAAUACAAAUGGAAGUCAAUUCUUUAUCACCCUGGCACCAUGUCCAUCUCUGGACGGAAAACAUACGAUAUUUGGGAGGGUUUGUAGGGGAAUGGAGAUAAUCAAAAGACUUGGCAGUGUCCAAACUGAUAAUAAUGAUAGACCCAUCCAUGACGUGAAAAUACUACGGACAUCGGUCAAGGACUAAAUUGGUCAAGACUCAUACGGUGACGCCGUAUUUGGAAGGGCUUGUAGGACACAGGCAGAAAGUUUUGAAAACAAAAUGUAAGAGAGAAUAUGGGAACAAUCUGUCUGGAUUUGGAGUUCGUUUUUGGUUUGAAGAUUUUAUUAAGUUACUCUAGUGAUGAUGACUGCUGUUCGUUAUCAA